ACCAAUCUUUACAGUCGCUAAUUUCUAAAAGUAGAUAUAAACAAGUUACAUGCGGGGAAAAACUUGAUUUUAGAUUUGAUUAUUAGACUAAAAAAGACUAAGGUUUUUCAUGGAGGAUCACUCAAGAUGGAACUAAAUUCUACAAUGCAAGUUCUUAUCAUUCAAACUGGAGGAACGAUUGACAAGGCUUAUCCAAAGAGGAAAGGAGGUUAUGCCUUUGAAAUUGGGGAGAGUGCAGCUAGGGGCAUCUUAGAACAGCACAAGGUUCCUCUCAGAUUUAGAUAUGAGACUGUGUGUCAGAAAGAUAGCCAGGAUAUCACUGAUGAGGACAGGUUGAAUCUUCUUACAGUAUGCAAUGACUGCAGUGAGAAGCUCAUUCUAAUCACCCAUGGAACAGACACCCUCCUGUCCACGGCGUCAUUCCUUGGCCAUCAGAACCUACCAAAGAGAAUCGUCCUCACAGGUGCAUUACUUCCGGAAAAAUUCAAAGACUCUGAUGCUGCUUUUAACAUCGGCAUGGCCCUUGGAGCCCUCCAGUGCCUGCCAUCAAAUGGGAUCUAUGUCACUAUGAAUGGCUUGGUGAUGCCAUGGAGACAAGCGAUGAGGGACCCAGACACUGGACAGUAUGUGCCAAAAUAGCAUAUUUUGCUCAUACAUAUGACCAGUGCAGCUUGGAUGAACACUCUUCCUUUUAGUUAUUACUCUCUCUGAGAUGUGGUAAACUACAGCACUUUCCAUGGUGGCAGUCAAUGUUCCAGGAGUGUGUUUUAUUUCGCAAACAGAUAAAAGUGAGAAAGGUGAACAAGGUGGUUUAUUCGUGCUAUGUGUGAGAAGUACAGAAGUCAGAUUCAGUACGUGCAAUAUGAUUUAAAAGAACGUUUACUGUAUAUGUGAAUGUAUCAGCUGAAUCUUUGGCACAAACACGAUGCAUUAUUCAUCUUUGGUGAUGCAAAUUUGUAUUGGGACAUCACAGCAUAGAAAUUUGUCUGUGAUUGAAAACAUUCCUUGUAAAUUAGAUUAAUCCAGUGUUAUAUAAAUAAUGAAGUUUAUGAGUGCAAUGGACAGAAUACUUCAUGAGGUGAAAGAUGAAAUGAUCCAUUCAACGAGGCGUAGCCGAAUUGAAUGGAUCAUUAUUUCAUCUUUUGCCGAAUGAAGUAUUCUGUCCAUUGCACGAAUGAAAAAACAUUUGGUUUAUAUGACGCUUAAAAAUUGUUUUUUUUUUUCAUUUGAAAUUCAUGAAUUUCGAUGCAAAACAUGCUCAUGCAGUGCGAGUUCGGUCUGUUGAAUGUUAUUACAUUACGUCAUUACAUUACAUGUAUGCGCACUGCUGGUGCCUGCAUCUGCAGUCUCGGUGCGCGUGCAAUCGACAAAAUCGUAUGUAUCCAAAUUGCAC